CCAUGACCUUUCAGGAGAUAUUGGGCCAUGACAUCAAAUUAUUAACAACCAUAUAAAAAGCCGUGGAGUAAUCGUACGCGAUGUCAUAAUGUCUAUUGAAACUUUGUACUCAGAUGUAUAUAAACGCGAAGCGACCUAUUACUGUUUGGAUUCCGUACCUCUUCAGACCACAAGCCAGGAGUUACAGGCGAAGCAGGAUGCCAUUAUUCCUCCUACAGAAGUAGUCUAUGGAGAGAAAGAAGUGAGCAAACCAGGAAAACACCAUGUUAUUUUCUAUGAUAUUCCUGGUUCAUCGAAACGGUAUGUCUUUGGAUAUCAAAAGGAAACAGGAAAGGGCGAUUCUAUAUACACAUGCAAUGGAUGCAGAAGGCAAGGGAAAAAGUAUACUCCGAUUUAUGUUAUGAAUACUACAUUCCACGUAGAUCCGUGUCAUCUACCACAUAAUUGCACACCAUUUGAGAAGUACAAGGAUAAAGCUGAGCGAGCUACUUACAAAAUCUGCAGGAGUUUUCGCAGUAAACGAAGUACGGGAAAGAAACCUCGACAAAACGAAACCAAACGAAAGACAAGAAGGCAUCAUAAUAAAUCGAAGAAAAAGACAGCCGCUGUUCAGCCGGAGGAUAUAUUGAAAUCGCUUGAUAUGUACAAUUUGUUCGAAUUUUAACGGAUUCAAAGCGAUUGCUGAUGUCACAUAGUAUUGUUUUCUAGAAAUCUCUCGCUAUGUGUAGAUCAAUAUUCAGAAGAAACCAAAACUUUAGUUUCGUGACACUUCAUUUUGAUUGUGUUUACACACUAUUCAUGUACUAUAUAUUUGAUUACCAAUUCAUAUUCCACUAAGAAGCUGUACUCACAUAUUUUAUGAGAAUGUUUUGCAUGUCAGUCC